CCCUCGAGCUCCUGGCCUGGAGGUGGCUCGCUCUUCCCUCAGUCGGGCGUCUUCGCGCUAGCCGGGCCGCCUGCCUGCCUGCCUGCCGGCCGUCUGAGCCCCGGGGUCGCGGGGCGGCGCCGGGUCGGGCCGCUACGGCCCGCGAUGCGGCGUCUGGGCUCGGUGCAGAGGAAGGUGCCCUGCGUGUUUGUGACGGAGGUGAAGGAGGAGCCGUCGGUCAAGAGGGAGCACCAGCCAUUUAAAGUUUUGGCUACAGAAACUAUAAGUUACAAAGCAUUAGAUGCAGAUGUAUACAAUGCAAUUCCCACUGAAAAAGUAGAUGGAACGUGUUGUUAUGUCACUACCUACAAAGGUCAGCCACGCCUUUGGGCUCGACUAGAUAGAAAACCAAACAGGCAAGCAGAGAAAAGGUUUAAAAGAUUCCUGUAUUCAAAGGAAAACUCAGAAGAGUUUAUUUGGAAUGUUGAAGAGGAUUUCAAAUCUGUUCCAGAGUGUUGGAUUCCAGCAAAGGAUAUAGAACAGUUAAAUGGAAAUCCAGUGCCUGAUGAAAAUGGGCAUAUACCAGGUUGGGUUCCAGUGGAAAAAAAUAACAAACAGUAUUGCUGGCAUUCCUCUGUGGUUAAUUAUGAAUUUGAACUUGCUCUAGUAUUGAAUCACCAUGCUGAUGACCCUGGACUUUUGGAAAUCAGUGCAGUGCCACUGUCAGAUCUCUUGGAACAAACACUGGAGCUUAUAGGAACAAACAUUAAUGGAAAUCCUUAUGGAUUAGGAAGCAAAAAGCAUCCAGUACAUCUUCUUGUACCACAUGGAGCAUUUCAAAUAAAAAACCAACCUACACUGAAGCAUAAUGACCUUUUGUCUUGGUUUGAGGGCUGCAGAGAAGGGAAAAUUGAAGGAAUAGUUUGGCACUGCAAUGAUGGCUGUUUAAUCAAGGUUCAUCGUCAUCAUCUUGGUUUGCGAUGGCCCAUUCCAGAUACUUACAUGAAUUCACGACCAGUUGUUAUCAAUAUGAACAGGACCAAAUUUGACUGUGCUUUUGAUUCCAAGUGUUUGUUUAAUAAGUUUUCAAAGCUAGAUAAUCAAAAAUUUGGCAGACUCAAAGAUAUAAAACUGGAUGUCUGAAUUUGAAGUGAAAAUCCAAUUGAAAAUCACCUAUAUUAUCUUUAUUACUUUUGAAUAUUGGGUCUUUCUCCUGACUGAAAAGUGAAAUAUCUCAAGAGCACAUCUGACACUAAUGAAUUACUGCCCACUUGUUCGAAUGAAAAAUGACCAGUACCUUCAAUUAAACACAUUUCAAAGUUAA